CCACAAAAAGGAGGCGUGGUCACAAGAUGGCGACUUUGGAGCGUCCUAAGAGGGCGCACGCAGGGGGGAACAUCGCGCGUCUGUUGGACGAGGAGGAGGUAGCGGACGAGUUCUACCAGACUGCUUAUGGCGGCUUCGGGGAAGAGGAGGAAGACAAUGAAUAUGAAACGGAGGAAUCAGAGGAUGAUGCGGUGGACACCGAUUUCGACGCCAGCGAGGAAGACGAGGUGAGAGAGACCGAGAGAGAGGCGGCCGAAGAGGAGUCCAAACGCAAGCGAAAGCAGUGGAUCAAACCGGCAAGACCACAGCCAGUUGAAGGUGGCCCAAAAGCCAAGAAGCCUAAGCAGACUCCGCUACCUAACCUGGCAGCCUCUGAAGACGUUACGGAACAACGAACUCUGCGCCGCUCCACGCAAGAGGUCAGCGCCGAGCAUCAGAAGAGACUGAAAGAAGCGAGAAGGCGGAGUCGCCAUGCCCAGCGCAGCCGACGCCCGACGACCCAGCGUAAGAUGACGCAACAGCAAAUGCUCGAAGAAGCGAAAUGGACCGAACUCGAGAACAAGGCGUCGCUCGAGAUGUUUACUCGUCUCGAAGAAGAAAAGAAACAAGUCAAGGAAAAGAAACGGGUGCUCAAAGGCCCGUUCAUUCGGUUCCAUUCCGUCACGAUGCCCCUGAUUUCAGAACUGGAACCGUCUCAUGACAGAACCACAGCUGCCGAGCCCGCAGCUAACAGUGUCCCUGAACACCCUAACCCCACCCCCUCAGAACAACAACAACAACAACAACAAGAUCAAGAACAACAACACUACUGCAGGAACUUUCUCGUUUUCACCGACACUUUGUCUUAUCCCUCGGCAUACUUCCCCGCAGAUCGCCCGCCGAAACCGAAACGGUCGGUGUGCCACGUGACGGGGCUUCCGGCCAAGUACAUCGACCCCAUUACCGGUACACCGUACGCAACGCCGCAGGCAUUCAAGAUCAUACGGUCGCGCUACGUUCGAUCGGCGGAGGAAAAGUGCGAAAAGAGACUUUUGCAGUUGAGCAGUUGGCUCGAGGAAAAGAAGCGAAAGAAACAAGAAUCGAGAAGUUGAACUCUUUCGUGCUUCGUAUGUGUGUAAAAUUUCACUUUUAUUCUUGAUGUAGUCAUCUUAUCGUGAUGUAAUCAUCAUAAGUGGAAAAAAAUUAUAAAACUUACAUUGAAAAAAUUGAG